AUGAGGACAAAGAUCUUUAAUUUCAAGGACCGUCCAGCCCUGAAGAUCCAAUCUGAUUCUGACUGCGCUCAGCUCUACGACCACUUCUACUCCACUGUAGAAGACGAUGUGCGUUCUCACUUUGGAAGUUGCAAAGAUGAGUUGAGUUCCGUCGUGGCAAGUCUGAAGCACUUGAAGGAGUCAGUCGGCGUCACAUGGAUGGCUCCCUAUGGAUGUGCAAUAAUGGUGAAAAACCUCGAUGUUCUCUCGACAAAGAUAUCCGUCGUUGGCCUCGACAAAUGGGAGGGUAUGAUUCAUUCCUCUGUGAGUGGACGAGAAGCCACAGCAAUCCCGGAUGUUGUCCGCCCUUGUAUCCUUGAAAUUGGACCUGUGAAGAAUGAGUCAUGUCCCGCUGUCAUGGGAAUCUUUCUGCGAUUGAUGCAAAGUGCGCAAUCCACGGCUACAAGGGAGAAGCAUCACAAGACUCCCUCGUUUGUGUGGGCAAGACUCCUUGAUGCCAUGGUGGAGGCAAAGGCUUUACCCAAGAGCACUGUAAACGCCAUCAUAGAGAGCUACCAGGGAGGAAUGACAGAUGUUGGCAGGCACACGUCAUGCCUGGAAAGAAACACCUCGUUUCCUUUGGUUGCGUCUGUUUACUCCUCCAUGCUGUAUCUCUACGAACUUGAUGAGGACCAUGACUCGUUUCGCAAGAUGCUUUGUGUGUAUUUUCUACGCCAUCUAAGGAACAUUCGUGGCAACGUCACAACUUUUGAUCAACGAAAGAUCGACCGAGGCAUCGUGGUGAUUCGCGAGGUUGAACGUUACAUUGUCAAAGUCAAGUGCAAGCGUUUCCAGGAGCGAGUGAUUGAAGAGCUAGAAGAGCAUCAUCACGCGUUGAAAGCGCUAAGCCCGGUUCUUGACCCAACGAUGUGCACGACGCCCCAGGACUUUUCGAUUGAAAUCAUUCAGGAUCCAAGCGCAGCCGUAAAGCCCCCUUCGCUGCCGAAGGUGUCUAUUCGGACAACUUACACCGAUUAUGGCACUCGGAUGGCAAGAGCUCAAGCUCAAGCAAAGACGAAUCUUCAGUGGUCCGACCUGAUGGUCACUCGCUUUGUUGGAAAGACCGGUACACAGGAUGAUUUGGUUGCUCUUGGCCGCAUCAAUAAGGAAUUUUGGUGCUACGCAGGAGAUCUCUUGGACCCAUGGAAAUCUCAUGACGUACAUGACUUGAAAGGCAAAAUGGAAACACAUAUGCAAGCGACGUCGCUAGCUUUGCAAAAGUCCAAGGGCUGCGUAAGUCUGAUGACCGUGGAGCUACGAAGCUGCCAGGUGCUGGUGAUUUGGAUAACCUACUGCUGGGCACAUCGAAUCGCGAAGGAGAGGUAUCCCGUUUUCAGCGGCUACUCAGCGAUUUUUGAUCCUGAUGAUCUCGGCUACUUGGUUCUGCAAGAGGCGGAUGCAAUCGAUGCGUUGAAGAACGUAAAGUCUUUCCUGACGCUGCACAGGCUGUCGGCAAAGGUCCCCUUCUGCAAUCCAAGUGACACGCUGGACCUCGCUUUGUCAAUGGGAAAUGCUUCGAACGAUUGGGGAGCCCGCGUCAGGUCCAUACAUGAUGCUGAAUUCUGUGCCGCCGAGCGCAGAAUCGAAGAGAGGUGGGAAAAAAUCCAAAAGACCCAAGCAGAACUUGGUGUCCUUGAUAGCCAACUGAAGAAAGCAGAGAGCACACUGAGGUCUGCAGAAGCAGCUCUGAGUACGUCGCGAAGCCGAGACUACACAACGAGUAUCUACGGGAGGAUUUUUUAUACAUCUACCUACCACCAGUACGAAUGUGCUCGUAACGAGGCUAUUCGUCUUGUCGACGACCUGAAGGGAAAGGUUAGACGCCUUGAAGCAAGGCCGCCAGAUGUUUUCUUCGCUUUGCCAAAGACUAAGCAGAAGGCGUUGCAAUGGUUGUUCAUGCUGUUCAUGCCUUCCGAGUUUGUUGAUGUCCUGUCGUUGGCUCACCUUGCUGCAACUCAAAUGUGGAACAGAACUCCGCCGACACCGGCGUUGCCAACUCAGAUCUUGAGCAAUUGGUUCAUUGCGUACAAAACGACCAGUGACAACCCUGUCUCAUUGGAUGGAAAGAUGGUUCUCGGCAGCACAACCCGGGCAUUUAGAUCCCCCGUGGAUGGUGUCGCCAUUCGUCGUUACGACAGAGAAACGGGGGUGCGAUAUCCAGAUUCAUACAUUUUGGUUCCCGCUUGGUGCACAACUGAUCCUUUUGCUCCUACCCGAAGCCACCAGGAUACCGCCCGGUAUUUCACCGAGAGCCUGCCACCAAAAAAAUCGGCCGCUCAGAGCUUCCUCGUGAUGCUGCCAAGCCGAACACGAGGCAAUGAAGGAAUUGCGACGAAGAACAAAAAGCCUGAUUGGCUCAACUACGAAGAGUACCAAAUGUUUGCAGCAAUGAGAGCAUACCCCCGCCUACAAAUGCGCCAGCUGCUGAUUGCGAUGGUUGAUGAUCUGUUGCCGUUUGGCGAUGAUGGUGUCCAGGUAUUGGUGAGACAACUCCUCUACCAUGUUGGAGACAAUUGCUGGAAGCAAGAUUUGGAUUCUGCGUUCUAUGGUCAAAUUGCGAGCGAGCUUGUUCGGAAGGCGGAUCUACUGAAAGAAUCACCGAACAACAUUGGCAAGCUUCUCUUUUUCGGAUUUGUGGGUGCUUUCUUUGGACAAUACAGCGACAGCUGCAUUGAGUGUUCGAGGCUGUACAUGUCCGUUUCAAGAAAACUGGGCGACGCUGUGGACGCGCAAAUCUUCCUGGCGGAGAAGAUCAUACCGAAGCUUUAUUGGAAGCAAGCCCAGUUGUAUGGAUGUGCCUUGCUCUCUCAUUGUCCGAGGGACAAUGACAAGGGAACCUUGUUGCAACUGGUUGAGUUGAUUGUUCUGUUCCAAUACAAAUCACUCUUUGCUGCUGAAGAUCGGCAUGCUAGUCAACUCCAACAUGCCUUGCACUAUGCAAUGUCUGGAAACAUCGAUGCUAUUCUCAAGGCCGUCACAGCUAACUUGGAUUGCCUUACUAGGUGCCUUCGACUCGUCAUCGAUGAUUUGCCGGACCGGCUCACAUGGACAAGGAUUUGCUACCCUGACGUUGCAAGCACUGCUUGCUUCGAAGCGCAAGCGGGGCAUCACUAUUCUGUUAAUGUUCUCAAUGGUAUUGUCUUGGUUGAUGGGGUCCCCCCUGGUUUCCUUCCAGCGACCAUUGUGGCCAAUUCGCUCUAUCAGAGGACUUUUGGCUCAAGAAACUUUGAAUGUAUUGUGGUUGAUGUAGACCAUUUCAGAACCAGCAGGCUGAUUGACGACUGUUUCCUCUAUGAGUUUGUCUGGCAAGAAAAUCACUUGGACAUCAUUGAGUACGACACCCGCGAUGACGUUGGAUCAGAGCCAAAGUCAUCGGCUCUCUUGUCGAAGUGUGUUGUUGCGAUUUCCGCUGCGGCAAGACAAGGUCAGAAUUGGGGACCCCCACAAGCAUCUACCGGUAACAACCCUUCAACUCAGCUUUUGCGUGAUGGGCUCGUGCUGGUACCCCGUGAAAAAUUUGAUAUCCCGGUUUUGUUGUCAAAGCCAUACAGUCAUUGGUAUUCAAGGCGAUAUGAUGCAUUUGUGAUUCGGUCUCCGUCCUACAAGGAACGUUCUAUUUUGUUUGUGAUUACCAAUGAAGCCUUGUAUUGCGUCCCCACAGAAGACAUGGCUGCUUCACUCGACUCGAUCAUUCGCAAGCUUCAGAUCUACGAUCGCCUUCUAUUUCGAAAGCCCAAGAUAAUCGAAGUUCUAUCGAGAGUCGAAUUUUCCAAGUUCAUCCUACCCUGGCUUGAUUCAAGUUUGAAGAGCAUUCGGUACGAAAUGCGUCGUCUGGGUUUACAUUUUCUAGAGAAAGAGGGCGCCGUGGAUUCCGUCAAUUUCUGUGGAUUUUCUCUCAUGCAAAACCAGACAUUGGAAGGAACCUUGAUGGGUGUGACGAGCUACCUUGUCCUCUCGGAUGUGCUCGGCAAUGAAAAGGUUUUGAUUCCUGCUGGGUUGAUUGCAAACGGCGGAAACGUCAUAGGAAGGAGCGCAUGGAACUACAAAGGCAGCUUUCACGCUUACGACGUGCACUCCCGUUUUCGCCAUUUGAUCGCGAUGGACAGUUUGGGAUGGUUGCAGCUGGCAUGUAUGUGUGCUGCGUCAGGUUGCUUAAUUGCUGAGGAGCGUUCAAUGAAAACCGGCUACGAGAUGGCUAUUGGGCUUGCCCGCCACAGCUGGACCAACCACGAGUUAUCACAAGCUGAAACGGCGAAGCUUCAAGAAGUUUCAAAGUUCAGCAAUCUUUCAUGCACGUUGCGUCUCAUGUGCUCUUGGAUUUGGAACUGCUCAAACCGACUAGGAUUGCUUCGCGAGGAAGCUUCCGCGGAUGCUGCAGCCGGGGAUGUUGCUCCUUUGGGGCUAGAAGUGGACCCUCUGGCAGUACGGGAGUACCGCGAGAGUCCGCACGCACCAAGACUGUUGCCAACUGAAGAGUGCUUCCUCCUCGGAACGAAACAAGCUCUUGAAUACCCUCCAACAUGGAAUUCGCUGGCAGAAAACGAAACCCAUCAUUUUGUGGCAGAAAAGGAAGCUCUUUUAGCGGCAACUUGCCUAGCGCCGCAAAGGAGUAAGUCAGAGAGAGCACCUUUCCCGCUUGCCAUUCCUGACGGUGAUUCGGGAGUGGAACGAGAAUUUUACGAGGGCCUAAAGUCGAGUUGGGAUGACCACUGCUCUGUCCCCAGAUUUGAAGCUCGCCGCAAGCCAACGAUGUGGAGAGAGACCUUAGACGAUGUGAGGACCGCAAGGCAGUCGAAAGAAGGGAUGAUUCUGGAGACGUUAAGGAAGCACGAGUCAAAGGAGUUUCGAGUUGCAGUGCUUUCUGGCUGUAUCAGACUCGCUGGUCCCUAUGAUUUUCUUCGCCUUGUCCUUGAUGCCAAUUCGGUCGCUGAAGUUAACCCAGUUCUCUCAGCUGAAACGCGUGCAGAAAUGAGGACUCAGAUAGUUGAGUGGAUGAUGCUUUGUGUGCUGGAAGACAAACUCUACCGAAUCAUCAACUCGUCUUCUGACAACGAUAUUUUGGAAGAGCUGCGCGCAAUCAGGAAUUGGAAUCCAUGGGAUCAUCUGCCUUGGCUAGUUUUCGAGGUGGAGCAACGAUUGCAAAUUCGCCAGUACCAGUAUGAUGUUGUAAAACGUCUGACGGACAACCCACACACCACCAUUCAGUUGAAUAUGGGGCUUGGCAAAACGAGCGUUCUAGUCCCCAUGCUCAUUCUUGAAUAUGUAAACUCCGGAGAAUGCGUCGUUCGCAUCAACAUGCUUCCUUCCCUGGUGACUGUCGUCGAACAGAUAUACAAACGCAGCUUGACUGCAUCAGCGCAGCAUGUACGAAUAAUGACUUUUCCCUUUCAGCGGACUUUUCCGCUAGCAGAAGUUCACUCCAAGCUGCUGUCUGAGGAAAUAACGCGAUGCAAAGUUGGGAGGGGUUGCCUGCUUGUCACUGCGCAGCAUCGAAACUCCCUUUUGCUGAAACAGCAUGACAGCGGCAUGUUUGUGGAGGGCUUACGAGAGGAGUCGCUUGACGUCAUUGAUGAAUCCGAUGCAAUCCUUCACCAGUCUUUUCAGCUUGUUUAUGCACUCGGCGAACAAGAGCCUCUGCCUGAUGGGCAUGCUCGCUGGAGCAUGGCUGAGGCUUUCCUCCAGAUUCUCUCUGAAAGCACAUGCCCAUAUAUAGCUUCGGUCAGAGACGACCCGUCUCUGGUUCAUUCAGAAGGCCCUGGACAUGGUGCCUUUCGUGGACUCAGGCUUCUUCCGGCAGUUAAGGAGCACCAACAAAGCUUGGGAAGAGCCCUCUGCAAAGAGCUUGUCAAAAGCCCUCCUCACGAGUUCCUUUGGAUGAAAAGCGUGCCCGUCGCUGAGCUGGAGCCGCUCAUUGACAUCAUGUCCAAUGAUCAGUGCCCGGCAAAGGAUUUAAUCGAAGCCGACCUACAUCUUUUGAAACACAAAGCUGAUAUUCUUGCCGCAAGAGGCUCCAUUGCCUUCGGUUUGCUCUUUCACUGCUUAAAGGCACGUCACAGAGUGCACUAUGGCACGGAGACUUCAAGAGGGAAGCUGGCGGUUCCAUUCUCUGCAAGUGACACUCCAAAAGCCCGUUCCGACUACAGUCACCCUGACGUGCAGAUUAUCUACACAUGUCUCUCGUACUUUCACCGUGGACUCACAAGGGAACAGUUGAGAGAGGCAUUGAUUUGUCUGCAAGAGCUGGGCCCAACAGCUCAGGACACCAUCUACAGCUCAUGGAUCAAUAGUAUCCGUGGUGGUUCGGUGAACCGUAACGAAAUGAUCAAGUUUGACUCGAUCCGAAAGGUGGACUUGUACAACAGUGAUCAACUUGAGCUGAUGUAUCAAGCCCUCUGGAAAAGCAUGAAGGUAGCUUCCUUUUGGAUGAAUAACUUUGUGUUUCCGCAAGAGACUCACAUCUUCCCUCAGCGUCGAGUGACAUCUGCAUGGGAUUUGGUGACCGGGAGCAGCGAGCACAACGCAAUGGGCUUCUCCGGUACCGAAGACAAUCGCAAACUUCUUCCAUUAUCCGUCAGGCAGAUUGAACAUGAUUUGCCCGAGCUCAGAGCUACGAACGGAGCAAUGAUUGAUCGAAUUCUUAAGUGUACAUCUCACGUUGUCUUGCUCCCGGAUGAUCGUGGCGACCUGUGGAAAAGCGUAUUGCAAAAAUGCGUCGAGAUGAGAGUGGACGCUCUGAUUGAUGUGGGUGGUCUAAUGGCGGGAAUCAAGAAUGCAGAUGCUGCUGUCUUCCUCUCUGGAAUCAUUGACCAGCAACAAAUGCGUGGUGUAGUGUACUUCAGUACCACAAGCGAUGCUUGGAGUGUUUAUUCACUUCAAAGCAAAGUGCACUGCCCACUCCAAACUUCUUCUCUCACCGCAGCGGAAUGCUUUGCUUUCUACGAUGAAAGUCGAUGCCGGGGGUCUGAUUUGAAGCUUGCCAUCAAGGCUUGUGCGCUCGUGACACUAGAGCCAGGGCUUACCAAAGAUCGAUUCCUACAGGCAUGUGCUCGGAUGCGCAAGCUCGAGACUGGGGAACAAUCUCUGAUCCUCGCUGGGACGUCAGAAACGCUCGGCACGCUAAGCACCGUGGAGGACGUGUUGAGAUUAACCAUCAAGAACUCAGCUAAAGCCAUCGAAAAGGGCAUCAUGGAGCUGUACGAUCGAGGCAUCAAUCACUACAAGUUCCCAGAACCUCAAGAGAUGGAUGUUUCGCUGGUUGCUUUGUAUGGUGAUGCAGUGAAGAAGUUCCAGUCUAUGGGAUCAUACCUUGACGCCACAAUUGAGAGUGUUGACGAUUUUUCGGAGGAUGUGGAGAUCUUGGAUAAAUACUGCAGGAAUAUUGGCGACAAGGCGAACGUGAAAGCUUCACAGCUUGCAGAAGAGUGCGAACGAGAAUUGGAAGAGGAGGAGGAAGAAGAAGAGGAAGAAGAAAGAGAAGUAGAAGUUAUGUCACCUUGCUCUGAGAUUGAUUGGGAUUUUUCUAGUGCAUUCUCCGGCAGGCCCCUGGGCACCGAACUGUUCAAAGUAAGGGAUGAUGUCGAUCUGGACAUCAACUGGAGUUGCAAGCUGCUGUGCACCCGAAACUAUUUGAGAACUGUCACGAUCGGUUCUUCGCGCAAGUUCUAUUUACGACCUGUGAAUGCCUUCUUACGUUUUCCCGAUGGCCGCAUUGUGUUGAUAUCUGACUACGAAGCCGAAAACCUUUUGCCACAUUGGUGGCAAGUGCAGCAUUCUUCCCCCGAGGUAAAGCUUGGACAUCUUGCUUUGGCUUCCAGGAAGAUUUGGCUCGGCGGGGAUGAAAUGAUGCUUCGGAAUAAUGUCUUCACCAUGACAUCAGCAAAGGUGUUUCGGGGCUAUGUGAACUUUGAGGAGGACGAGCAAAAAGUGCUGGGAAAGCUGUUCGUGAAAGGAAAAGCGCGAAGCUCGAUUGCGAUGCUUUUGGAGCUUCGACAUCGGAUUCGAUUCCUAGAACGCAGCGAUUUGGACGAGUUCGCUCUUCUAGCUGGCGAUGGAGUGGCAACUGGAGAGGACACAUUCAAUCAAAGCAUGGAUGCUGUUUGA